GAACUGCAGCGUCAAGAGAAAAUAAAAUAUGGCGAAAAAAUCUGCUGGCGGUCCAAACACGGGUGCUCCGUAUUAAUAGUUGAAUUUAUAUGAUAAAAAGUGAACGGAAUCGCGGAAAAAGUAACGGCGGCCAUAGCUAAGGGAAGCAGCAAGUGAAAACGCUCAUUCGCUCGUACGUAGUGCAACGCUGCGGAGAUGGAGCAACCGACUGCGGAAGCGGUGCUGCAAGGCGUUUUCACUCUGUACAACGAUCCGAAUAAUGUGGAAAAGGAGAAAGCCUCGAAGUGGUUGGAAGAAUUUCAGAAAUCGAUCCAUUCCUGGAAGAUAGCGGACGAGCUGCUGCGGCAAAAACAUGAUCUUAACUCCUGCACAUUCGCGGCGCAGACGAUGCGCAACAAGAUACAGAACAGCUUUCACGAGCUGCCGGAAACGGCACACGAAUCCCUGCGCCAGUCGUUGCUCGAGCAUCUCAGCCACAUUACGAUCGAAACGCAGUCGGUCAUCGUGACGCAGCUGUCGCUGGCAUUGGCCGAUCUGGCGCUGCUCAUGUCUUCCUGGCAGAAGCCGGUCGCCACCCUGCUGCAACGCUUCUCAAGCAACGCGAACAUGAUGUACGCACUGAUCGAGCUGCUGACGCUGAUCCCGGAGGAGGUAAAUUCGCGGCACCUGCGGCUCGGCGCGAACCGGCGGAAAGAGAUAUUGCUCGAUCUGGAGGCGGACUCUACGCUGGUCGCCGAGUACUUGACGGUGUGUCUCGUCAAUGGCAACGAGAACGAGCUGCUGCGAUCGAAGAUACUGAAGUGUUUUACGUCCUGGGUGCAGAUCAAUGCAUUUAAGCUGCCGGAGAUUAGCGACAACAUGAUCAUCGUGUACAGCUUCCAGCUGCUGAGCAGUGGCACCACCAGCCCGGAUUUGCACGAGGCGGCCACGGAUUGUCUGUGCUCGCUGCUGCACUGCAUGGAGCUGAACAAUUCGCGCGGCGGGCUGGACGACAAGCUGUUCGGGAGCAUCAUGUGCCUGGAGGAGGCGUACAACAUGUCGGUCGCGCAGGAAGAUUUGGACAAGUCGAUGAACCUCUGCCGGCUGUUCACGGUGCUGGUGGAGAGCAAUUUGACGCGGAUGGUGGCCUUAUCGGAUGGCGAGACGCCGCACUACUCGGUGAAGUCGCUCGAUCUGGUGCUAAACUGUGUGGGGCACUACGAUUACGAGGUGGCCGAGAUUACCUUCAACAUGUGGUACCGGUUGAGCGAGGAAUUGUACCAGGGCAACAAUUAUCAGCUGACGUCGCACUUCAAGCCGUACGUGGAGCGUCUCAUAGCGGCCCUGUACAAGCACUCGCAGCUCGACCCCGACCUUGACGGGUUGGCGAGCGGAUCGUUCAAUGAUUUCCGGUUCAAGGUUUCAGAAAUAGUGAAGGACGUCAUAUUUAUCGUGAGCUCGAUCAGCUGCUUCAAGCAGAUGUUCAUCAUCCUGCAAAGCCCGAACGUGUCGUGGGAAUCGAGCGAGGCGGCCCUCUUCAUCAUGCAGAACGUGGCGCGCAACAUCCUGCCAGAGAUUAUGGAAUUGGGAGAGCGUGAGAUACCAACGUCGAGGUUCAACCAGCUUUGUGAGGAGAGCGAGGUCGUGCCGAAGGUGGUGGAGGCGAUACUGAACCUGCCGGAAAACUGUCACAUCGCGAUCCGCUACACGUCGAUCAGCAUUUUGGGCGAGCUGUGCGAUUGGAUCGACUCGAACCCGGAAACGCUGCAGCCCGUGCUCAACUUUCUGCUGUUCGCGCUGCAGCAGAAGAACGGGCUGGCCACGGCCGCCGCCAACUCCCUGCAGUCGAUCUGCUCCACGUGCAAAAAGCAUAUGCUCGGACACAUUAGCGGGCUGAUGGAGAUAGCGCGAUGUUUGGAUGGGUUCGACAUCCAGACGGAGUCGGCCAUCGGCCUGCUGAAGGGCAUAUCGAUCAUCAUCGGCCGUCUUCCGGCGGCCCAACUUACUCCCGCCAUGCAGGAGCUGUGCAGCUUUCAGGUGGAAGCGCUCAGCCGGCUAACGAACGGCGACGAUGACGGGCUGGACGGGAAGAAGGGCCGUUCCGAUCCGGCGUUUUGGCUCGACCGGUUAGCGUCGAUCUACCGGCACGUCAGUCCCACGGUGCGCAACAACGAGGUGAACCCGUGCGCGUUCGUCAUCGUCAACAACUGGAACGUGCUGUCCCGGGCGCUGGAGCGGUACAAGAACGAUUCGAAAAUUAUGGAGCGCAUCGUGCGCUGCAUCCGGUACGCUAUACGGUGUAUCGGGAAGCAGGCGAUGCCGAUACUGGAACCGCUGGUGAAACAGAUCAUCACCAUCUACUCGGGGCACAAUCACAGCUGCCUGCUGUACCUGGGCAGCAUCCUGGUGGACGAGUUUGCGUACGAGGAGGGAUGCACGCAGGGUCUGCUCAAUAUGCUGCAGGCCUUCAUCGAGCCAACGUUCGGCGUGCUGCAGAUGGAGAACGGGCUAAAGAAUCAUCCGGACAUGGUGGAUGAUUUCUUCCGGCUAGCGACACGGUUCAUCCAGCGUGCGCCGCUACAAUUCCUACAGUCCCCGCUCGUCACGCCCAUCAUCCAGUGCGGGCUGCUGGCGUGUACGCUCGAUCACCGCGAGGCCAACAUAUCUGUGAUGCGAUUUUUCUGCAGCCUGUUGCGCCACGAUCGGGCGAACGAUCUGGAACCGAUGGUGCAGUCGAUACUGGCGUCCCACGGCGAGGCACUCAUCAUGAACCUGCUGUACGCGUCCGUGUUCUGUCUGCACUCGAACAUGCUGUCGGACGUGGCGGAAGUAUUUGUCGAGAUCAAGCAGCACAGUCCACUGCAGCUGGAGGAGUACGUGAAGAAGGCGGUCGAUUCACUGCCAAAGAAGAACAGUGGCGGUUCGGUGACGGUAACGCACGAACAGAUGGUACAAUUCGUAUCGAACGUUGUCAACUCGCAGACACCAAGGGCCACGACACAAGCACUACAAGACUUUGCGCGAUUAUAUCGAUAGAUAGACCCACACAACCACACACUCUCUCUCGUCGGUGGUAAUGAAGCGGCCCUGCAUACAGCGACGAGGAGCGACGGUCCAGCAGACGCGUUAGUUUCUAGUUCGAUGAAGCAAAACUGACUACAGUUUGUUUGUUGUUAGUGACGAAGUGAGAAACACCCUGUACAUAAGUUAAAACUCCAUAACGAUAGUGUGUUCGUGUCGUAUAGGCGUUUUGUUUUUCCCGAUAGCGGGAAAUAUUUUAAGUGAUCAAAAGUACGAUUGAACCAAACUUACAUUGCGAAACGUGCGAAGAAACUCCUGGUGCGAUUUGUACAGACACUUGAGAUGAAGGCGACAUUUAAAUGUGUGUGUGCGAUAAUCGCACGGAAGAUAUUAAUUAAAACAUUUCAAACAAUUAACAAACUCAAUAAUGUAAGCACCGGCAUCAUCGGCCACUGUCUGUGUGUGGGUGUGUGUGAGCCAAUCGUGUGAAUCGAAGCCAGCCGAACAUGAAAAAGAAAAAAAUCGUCGAUGAGAUGAAUGUACGAGAAAAGUGUAUGUGGUCCUUUUUACCAAGCCAAACCCUCCUCCCGUUUUUUUUAACCGGCUUCCCAUUCCUGGCUUUUCCGAGACAAAGCGCAAGGAACAGGGCCAACCAGCUGUCCAGGCGUUUAUUUAGCAAUCGUUAUUCUUCAACACAUGUCGAGCAGUCGCGACUCUGGUGCCGUUUUGUUGUAUUACUCGGAAGUCGGUUUUCCAUACGAACACGAACCACUGGAUGGAUGAAAUGAAGCGGAUUCGUAAAAUUGAACUUACUUUCUGUUUACCCCACCUUGUUAGAUAACUGUCCCAAGGUAGAUGAUAUCUAGAGUAAAAACGAAUUAUUUCGCUCUCUAUCGGAUGAGUUAAUCUGUGAUAUGUUGUGCUGUAAUGCAUUAAACAUAGCUCGGCGUGGUAAAGGUUAUCUUUAAUCAGUAGCUACAAUAUAAUAUUAUUCUACGAACGAAAA